UCCCUCGAGAGUUUCUCCGCGAAAACAACAAGAAUGGCCGUCAUUUUCGAAGCAGGCGUGUUCGCAUAUUUUUGUUUAAACGCCAGAUAUUUUGAAGAACGUUCAAGACAUUGCUGAUUGUAGUAAAAUUUGGUCGAAAACUUGAAAUUAACAUUAUAUACUUGACUGCUUUAUUAUAAUCCUGUUAUUAAAGAGUUUUCACCAUGGAUGAAGAAAGCGAUAGCAAGAUGAAGUCCACAAAGGCCAUGAUCCGCUCUGUUCUGAUCAGUGAGAAAAAUGGAGUUCCUGCGAGUCGCUUUCUGGAGGACUACAGAGAAAUAACAGGAGAAAAAAUACCCUUUAAACUUUUUGGAUUUUCUAGAGUUGAGGAUUUUAUCAGAUCCAUUCCAGAUGUUGUUCGCAUCGGACAUGGUCUUGGAGAGCCUACAUAUUAUGCUGUAGCAAAUGAAGCUACAGCCCAUAUCCAGAGUUUGGUUGCUAAGCAGAGAAGCAAAAAGCCAAAGCCAUUAAAUAGGGGUCAUGUACGUUUUCCCAAAACACGAACAGCCUAUGGCCAUAGGCCUUACAAUGGAUUAGUAAGAGGCUGGUCAUACCGCUCGUUAUCUUAUCCAGCAUCUGGGUUUUAUAAACCUACCUUCAAAGUCAGAAUUCCAUUACUUCCUUCUCCAAAUGUAUCAGAGAAAUAUUGCCCCUCACCACUUUUGGUCACUGUCAGAAACAAGACAGAUGGAAGUGAAGAAACGGAACGGCUCAUUAAACGCAAGGCAGCUGUGGGAAAUACAGGAAAAGAGCUUAUUUCCAAAGCACUGAGGACUGUCAUCAUGUCUGGUGAUUCACCGGAUAAAAAGAUAAAUUAUAUGAGUAGGUAUGAAGUCCCACCUAGGUUUCAGCACCAUCAUUCAACAUCAUCUGAGGGGAACGAGAAGCCAAUAGCAGGACGUCCAGUGCAGGCUUUUGAUGCCAGUGCAAUGUCUGCAGCUGACUCUUCAAGCCGUUCUUAUACAAAAGACACAAAAAGUUCAUGUUCCAUUUUCCCUGUUGUUGCUCCAAGUCUAAAAGCAGGUCCAAAAGUGUCACAAGGUGAUCUGCCAACCAGCAUCAAGGAAUGGGCAGUUAAAGUGUUGAAGAAUUAUCCCAAUGGUUUGUGGUUUUCACGGUUUGAAGUCCUGUACCUGGAGGAAUAUGGUGUAGCUGCUCCCAGUAACCUGCUAGAACUGUUAGAAAAAUGGCCAAUAAUCACCAUUGAGGAGAUGAUUGGAGAUCGCUAUUUGCUGCAUUUAGCACGAACCAAACCACAAGAAUUUCUACCACAAGAGAAACCAAAACCAGUCUGGCAGGAUUUUUUUAUAUCUGAUGCCAAGCUGUUGCCUCUGGACAUGAGUUGCCAUGUUUACGUCUCAUUCUUGAGAGAUCCACUUGAUUUCUAUGUGCAAGAAGAGAACUCUUGUGUGGACAAUAUCGUUGCCAAACUGGGAGAGGUGUGCAAGGGUCAGAUGGUACCAGACAUGUCUGUUUUGUCUCCGGGCAUCUUCUGUGCAGCCUUGUACCAUGAGACAAAUGCUGGUACAGAGCUCGUGUUCAGAACAUAGUCAACAGUUCUGAGGUGGUUGUUUUCUUUGUUGACUAUGGCAAUGUUGAGCAAGUCGCUCUGUCUGAUAUCCGCUUGUCUGACAAAAGAAACUGCAGAAAUACCUGCCCAGGCCAUAAGCUGUAGGUUGUAUGGAUUAAAACCAAUUAAG